GGUGUUUCUUCUCCCUUCAGCCCUCAGGGUCAUGUGGAACACGGUGGCGUUGUGCUCCCUGGGCAAGCGGCCCCCCGGGGCCGCGUCUCCGCUGCUCCCCAGGUUACAAACCUUAAAUCGCGUGUUCGAAAGAAAAUACCAGGAUUUGUGUCACGGUAAAGAGCCAGCACGCUCGCUGCAGAAUCAGGGCUUGAAACGGACACGCGACAUGCUCCCCUGCCGUUUAGUAAGUAAUAAAGCAAAACAUAAACGGUAUGCAAAAACUUACCCUGUUUUAGACGGACGUAUCCUGUCUGUGUAUCGCCAUGUGUUUGAAGAGAAUUUAAGGAACAGUGAGGCUGUUAUUAAAAGAUACUCAGAAUUGCUAGAGACGGCCAGUAAAGGAGGGGGAGAAAAUGCCAUCUUGCGCCACACUCAGAGAAACAAGAAGCUGUUUGUUCGUGAGCGCCUCAAGUUGCUGCUUGAUGAUGAGUCUUUUCUUGAGCUGUCUCCGCUGGCAGGCCUCGAUCUGCCCUACGGUGACGUCCCUGCUGCUGGGUGCCUUACUGGAAUUGGCAAAAUCUGUGGGGUCUGGUGUGUCUUCAUGGCAAACGAUGCGACGGUGAAAGGAGGAACUAUUUAUCCCAUCGGGGUGAAGAAACAAUUAAGAGCUCAAGAAAUAGCCCUGCAGAACAGGCUGUGCUCCGUGUACCUCGUCGACAGCGGGGGAGCUUUCCUACCACUGCAGUCAGAGCUGUUUCCUGACAAGCUGCAUGGCGGCAGGGUUUUCUACAAUGAAGCAAUAAUGUCUGCCAUGAGGAUCCCCCAGGUGGCAGUGGUGUGUGGCUCCUGCGUGGCCGGAGGUGCCUACGUGCCAACCAUGGCCGAGGAAGCGGUGAUCAUAGAUAAAAUCGGUACCUUGUUCCUUGCUGGCCCACCCCUGGUCAAAGCUGCCACGGGAGAAGACGUCUCUCCUGAGGAUCUAGGAGGAGCCAAACUUCACUCUCAAGUCAGUGGCUGCAGUGACCACUUUGCCUCCUCGGAGGAGGAAGCCUACGAGUGCAUCCGGAACGUCAUCUCCACGCUCAAUUACCGCCCGCUGCCCGAGGAGGCCAUGGAGCAUGACAGCCCUCUCUACAGUCCUGAUGAGCUCCUGGGGCUGGCACCACGGGACUAUAGGUGUACCCUCCCUGUGAAACUGAUUCUGAGCCGUCUGAUGGAUGGAAGCAGAUUCCAGGAAUUCAAGGCUAAUUAUGGAACAACGUUAGUGACAGGAUUUGGCCACGUGGAAGGGUGCUUGGUGGGGGUGGUGGCCAGCAACGGGGAGCUGUCCCACGACGCCGCUCUCAAGGGCAGCCAUUUUGUGCAGCUCUGUGGCCAGCGUGGUGUCCCCAUCCUCUUCCUCCAGAACACCGCUCCGCAGGCGCCACAGCCCGCCAGCCUCUCCCAGGCAGAGGCUCACUCCAACAGAUUAAAAGCCCAGGCCUCCAUGAUGGCUGCUGUGGCUUGUGCACCUGUUCCCAAAAUAACCAUUGUCAUCGGGGGCUGCUACGGGACCGAAAGUUACGUUAUGUGUGGGAGGUCCUUCAGUCCAAACUUUCUGUUCCUGUGGCCUAACGCCAGGGUUGCUCUUGUGGAUUCAAGACAUUUCUCCGCAGCCCCAGGAGCCGAGGACAGUGACUCUGCAGGAGACGAGUCAGAGCUAAAACAGCUGAAAGAAAAGCUGGAGGAAGAAAGCAGCGCGUUUUACUCCUCUGCCAGGCUCUGGGAUGAUGGUGUGAUUCUACCUCAAAAUACUAGAAAGGUGAUUGCACAGUGCUUGGAGAUCACAGCCCAGCACAAGUCCCAGGUGGUGUCUCCGUGUCCGCAUCCCGUCAUCAGAAUGUGACUGCCCCAGCCUCAAAUCAUCAGCCUUUUUGAACUAGCACCCUGUUUUAGAGAUCUUUAAUGUAAAUGAUUUUCUAAUUCUUUGAUACCAUUAAUAAAAAAUGCUAAACCAUUGCAGACAAAUGAGAAUCCUGGAUUUUAUGUCUAUUAGCAGUUAAGUUUGUAUUUUGACCCAUAACCUCCUGCCACAGUAGUGGAAAAUGCAUUUUGUGAAGAGGAAGGAUUAAGCUGAGAGCCCAGAACGCUCUGAGGAAGCAAAUU